AAGCAUCCAGCCCAGCUUUGCUCUCACAUUCUCAGGACGGAGAGGCUAACGCGUCGUGUCAGAAUAGACUGAUGAUUUUAACAUUUACCGUUUAUUUAAUAAAAUAUAUACAUUAAGUUUUCAUUUGAAGCACCGAUAAAAUGUGAAGGGAGAGGCGGUGCGCAGUUUUUGAACACCAAACGCAGGCGGAGGAAGAUGAGGAUUUUUGUCUCCACACCUGUGCGUCCUACGCACGGAGGUUAGCCUGGCACAGAGGAAUCCUGGGGACCUUUCUCUACAAAAGAAAGUGAGCCGAUAUUUCUCCGCACAAGCAUGCAGAGCAACAGCAGCUCCCCCGGACCCCCCACCGGGCUGAGUGCGUGUGGAGGGCAGGAGGAGGAAAUAUCCGAGCUCGUCAGCCCUACAGGAGCAGGCUCCAACCUUCCAGUUUUUAACCUUUCACUCAACUGCUGGCUGCACAUCCUCUCCAAGGAGUUCUCCCUGGAUCCGCACGGAGACAGCGCCAACCUGCCUGUGCGUGUCCUCAUUGCCCUGGUCUACCUGGUGGUGUGUGUCCUGGGGCUGGUGGGGAACCUCUUGGCUCUCUUCCUUCUCCACUCCCGCCACCGGGGCCACCACCACUCCGCCAUCGACUGCUUCGUGAUGAGCCUGACCAUCACAGACCUUCAGUUCGUCCUGACAUUGCCCUUCUGGGCCGUGGACACGGUGCUGGACUUCCGCUGGCCCUUCGGCCGGGUCAUGUGUAAGAUUGUGAGCUCGGUCACCACUAUGAACAUGUAUGCCAGUGUUUUCUUUCUCACGGCGAUGAGUGUGACCCGGUACCACUCCCUGGUUACCUCCCUGAAGAUGAGCAGCCCCAGAAUCGCCAUGGCCCGGGCCAAGUGGGUCAGUUUGGCCAUUUGGGUGGUGUCCUUAGUGGCCACGCUCCCCCACGCUUUUUACUCCACCACUGUUCAGGUGUCUGCAGAUGAUGAGCUCUGCUUAGUUCGGUUUUCCGACUCCGACUCAGGUCACUUGGAUCCCCAGGUCUUGCUUGGGCUUUACCAAACACAGAAGGUCCUUCUGGGAUUUGUGGUCCCCCUGAUUAUCAUUUCUGUGUGCUACCUGCUCCUACUGAGGUUCAUCCUGAGCCGGCGCAUUGUGGGCAGUACGGUUGGCAGGGUUAGCGGCACUGAGAAGUCAGAGCACGAGAGAGGACGCCAUCGCAACCGCUCCAAAGUUACUCGAUCCGUCACUAUCGUAGUCCUGUCCUUUUUCAUCUGCUGGCUGCCAAACCAGGCUCUGACCCUGUGGGGGGUGCUCAUCAAGUUUGACUUGGUGCCUUUCAGUAAAGCCUUCUACAAUGCCCAGGCCUACGCCUUUCCGCUGACUGUGUGUCUCGCCCAUGCCAAUAGCUGUCUCAACCCAGUUCUCUACUGCCUGAUCCGAAGAGAGUACAGGGUCGGACUGAAGGAGCUCCUUCUGAGAGUUUCUCACAAUGCCCGGAACAUUCUUUCUCUGGCUCUGAGAGGAAGAAGAGUGGAGGAAGCACCUCCCAGCACAGUUGUGAUACACAAGGAUAUCAAUAUGUGAUUUAUUAUGUAGCUAUGACUUUUUUUUAUUAUAAGGAAUAUAUUUGAACAACAAUCAACACCUAAUAUGUUAAUUACCUUUAGAGGCUGACAAAGUGUAUUUUGUUAACAUUGGAGACAACCAGGCCAAUCGUUUUUCCCUGUUCUCAUCUCAUCCUUUGGCUUGUUUGUUGGUGCUUGACAUUUUAAAAAGGUCUCAUGGCAGUUCCUGAAACAUUAACUAGUUUAAUGUUUAAGUUAAGUUCAACUAAAAAGUAGGCAAUGCCAGUGAAAAACAAUCUAGCCUCAAUUAUGUGAGAGAUCUGCAGUUAAUAUUUAUUUAAGGCUAACUGGGAUCACCAAAAGAAAUGCCAUUACCAAUAUUUCCACAGCGUUUGUUUUUUUUUUUUACAAGACGAUGACUGAUAAAUUAUGCUUGCAUGCAAACAUCAAAGCAGCAUGUUGCUGAUACACAAACUGGCAGACGUUUGAAUAAACGGCUAAACAUUGUAGUUGUCACCAGUAUGUUUGAAGCAGCCAUAUUGGAUUUUCAGACUAAUGGCAAUGUUUCUCCAACUUUCUGAGUUAGAAAUGCAGGGAGAGUUGGAGUUAACACUUGUCCUUAAAGGACAAUUGAAGGAUUGAAGGUAUUCAGUGAUGGGCUUGGACCUUGGCUAAAAUCUUUGAAGUGCAGGCUUUGCAUAGUGAGUUAUGAAGGUAACUUUACUGAAAUCAUCUCUGAUCAUUCAGAUUUACUGUCAAGGACAGAAUUGAAAGAAAAUCUAACAAGCGUUUCUAAGGGAGACGACUAGCUAAUAGUUGGUUUUUUUUUUAAAUCAUCGGGCUGCUUUACCUCUCCGAAUGUUUUUAUUUUUCUGUUAUUCCCCACUGUGGAUGUCCUAAUCCAGAUUUAGUCCAGUGCAUCAUCAAAAAUAAUGCCAUACAAAUGUUUUGAAAGUAAAUAGCAUUAAACCAAAAAUAGACAACUCAAGAUAAUAUUUAAUCAGUAUAACAUGGUCUGAUUUAGCACUGUGAUUGUAUCCCACUCACAUUAGAUAUACUUCUUUUUAAAGUGACAUAUUUUUUACCAACUAGGGUUUCUGCUGGACAGCGACAACACGCUGUUAGCUAGGUUAGCUACUGUAACGAUCUGAUAUUGUAGUAAGUCCCUUUCUUCACCUAAGACACACAGCCCUAUCAAUUUUCUCUAAAGUUACAUUUGAAAUGCUGAAUCUCCAAUAAGCUCACCUUUUGCUCCGACGGAACAAUUUGCUGAAAUGUUAGGCUAACGUUAACAAGUUUACUCUCUGUUUUGAUAUGGCUAGUCAAUAAAUUACUGGUGACAUACAUCAGUGCAGUUGCAGUUAAUUAUGUGUGAAAAAAAACUUAGAAAGUGGUAAUGUUUCAUUUUGAACAUCAUAAAAUUAAUUGUGUUGCAUUUCAGUUGCUUUCUACACAGCUCUCACAACUGCUGGGGACAUCUGAGCACAGUGUGCAGAGAUGAUCACAUGACACAAACAGACUGGAAACUGCAGCAGCCAAUGCUGUCUCUCUUUCACUUUGAUUGUAAGAGUGAACAAGAGAAUAAAUUCAACUGAAUAAAUUGCACAGCCACUAAUAUCUUUGCAAGCCAUGCACACAAAAACAACUUAAUCAUAGGAGUGCAGGUUGAUCUAUGGCCCUUUAUAUGGUAGAUCAAUCACAAAGCUGCCCAACUUUCCUGGAAUACAGUUUAGCUAUAAAACUAACUGAGGUGACAGGUGAACAGUUAUCGCUGAAGUUGGUUUAUAACACAAAAAAAUUAAAAGAGCAAACCCACAGUUUGCAUUUAUGAAGAAUACUAAAUACCAACCAUUUAAUCACACUCAGAUGAAUGAGCAGCUAAUAAUGUAAUGAUUUAGAAACUAUCUGGUUUCGAUCAGUGUUAACCCCCUUCUGAAUAUCACACUAUAUACAUAAAGUAAUUGUUUCACAAAAUGCCAUAAGACUGGCACUCAAGAAUGGAAUAUGUCUCUGUUCCAUCAUAAUCUAAAUGUCUAACAAAAAACGAUAUUACUCCUGUAAGCUCAGCUGAGUCACAUUUCUUUGGUGCAUUGUCAGCACUUACUCUUGCUUAUUUCAGUCCACAGUUUCAGUUUUUAAGUAGACUCGGGUCUUCCUGUUGCUUUGAAAUCUGUGCAGUUGUUUGUUAGAUUUAGUGUUCACUUUUGUAAAAAAAAAAAAAAAAAAUGUAAAAAACAAAAAAGUCAUAAAACUCUGCUAAAACACACAAAUCAGGAUGAUCAACAGAAAUGAUCCUCACUGAUCCAACUGUUUAGCCUGAAGUUACACAGACAACUAAUUUCCUUUUCUCUUCUGAUGUAGUCAAGCAAAAUAUAAUGUGACAAUGGAUUUGUAUGACUCCAUUGCAAGCCUGUAGGAUUGCUGUUAAACAGUUGUGCAGUGAAGGAUAACUCCUGGACGGUUGGCAUUCUGUGUCUAAAACAAGGGUAAAACUGUCAUUCAUACUGUCAUUGUCAGCUUUGUUGUGUCGAUGUAAAUUGUUUUGUGAGUUCAUGUAUGUCCUGUGAGAUUAAAUAAAACGAAAGGACAAAAGAGUU